AUAAAAACAGAUCGAUUUCAAUUCUAUCGACUAUGUGGCUUAUCCGCGUAACAUAGAAUCUUUUGGCAUUGAUGUGAACUAAACUUCUCAAAUGUUUAGCACAAGUACAGGGAAUGAAGUCUGUCCUUUGAUAUACGGAACUAGUUGACCGAAUUAUGGAAACCAAAUAGUCGAAAAAGCCACUUCUUAUGUCUACCGGAGUGUGGUGCUUGAAAAGCGAAGAAUAUUGUGUGGUGGUCGGUGUUCGAUAUAUUCCUUAAACUCCGUAUACAGUUCGUCUCGGUAACCGUCACCAAAUAAUGCUCCAACGGAAAUAAUAGAUAUGACCGUGCAUGUACCAUAUAGUGCUUGGAGCGAACAGUGUCGAGCACUACUUGAAGUUCAUUCAAAACUAGAUGCUCUUUGCGUUUGCGAUCAUGGAAGUCGUGUACUAGGAAGUGCAUUUAAAAUUCCAGAAUUUGCGAGUAUUACUAAUUUGAGUACAAAUCAAGUUCGUGCUAUACGUUUGGUUAUGGCAAAAAUUGGUACACAAAAACCAAAUAUUGAUUUUUUAAAUGAUCGUUUUGUUGUUAUUGAUGCAAACAAUGAAAUGUUAUCAGCUAAAUCUGGUAAAAAAAGUUUAUUUGUUGAAUUAACUAAAACAUUAUGUGUAUUCGGUUUGUCAAUGGAUACAGAGACUGAAAAUAAGCAUGCAACUGCUCUUGAAGCAAUGCGAGAUAUACAAAAGUAUUACGAAGAUGCAGAAUUUUAG